CUUUCUAAAAUUUUGUUUUUCACAUUUUCAAAAAUUAUAAAUAUUAAUUUCUUUUACGAAUAUUUUUUCAAUGUGUAAAUGCACUAAAACUUUAUAUAGUUUUUGGGCUUCAAUCUAAUAGCUGGGCUCUCGAAGGAAUGGCACAGAGAUGUUGUUACAGCCUAAAUGGGCCCAACAUAAGUUUUUGUCGUUUACUACAAGUGACGUCGUUUUAGCCUAGGGUUCUUACUUUUGAUAAUAACGACGUCGUGUUAGGUACUGGUUCCUUCUCCGGCGAACAGACACGACCAGAACGAGAUUUCGACGAGCCUCUUCUUCUAUCUCCGGAAGACCAGAAAGUGGGUCGCGAUUCCGCUCUUGAUUACAUCUAAUCAAUUUGAGCAAACCCCUCUUCUCUUCCCAUUUUGAUAAACGGUAUCGUUCUGCUGGUUAACGCCUCUGCUCAACCUUAAGAGAUGAAAAUAGUAAAGGCAAACGCAGGCGCGCUUACAAAUUUCGAGGUACUUGACUUUCUAAACUCAAGAGGUGCAUCAAAGGAUACUACAAGAGUUAUAGCUCCAAUUGCUAGAUCAGAAUACAAGGUCUAUGAUUAUUUGGUGGAGACUGCUGCUUGCACUCAAACACGAGAGAGCGUUACCAAGUUCACCGAGAAAUGCAAAGGUUUCAAAGUCGCGAAAGCUGAGAUACUCAAUAUCAUCAAUCUCAGGCCGUCUUCUAUCGUCGAAUUGAUGCCGAUCAUAGAGAAGCCUGAUGAUCGAGAAAUCGACUCAGAUGGGAUACUGGAGCUCGUGCAGGACUUGCUACCGCCUCUUCCUACACUGGAAACUCAUAAAGAUAAAGACGAAGAGGAAACAGAGAAUGGUGAACAAUCGUAAUAUGCAACUGCAGUUUUGAGUUGAAGAAACUAGAAGAAAGCAUACUAGUUAAGAACAUAAUAUUUUCUUUUUUUGUUUGUAAAAACCCUAGUUAAUGGUUAGAAAAUAUAAAUUAUAUGAAGUUACAAGACGCAUUCUUUUUUUUCCCCACUCAUUUACGAUUAGUAUGCUUUCUUCUAGUUUUAGCUGAAUCACUAAUUUCCGUUUCCAUAU